AUGAAAAAAAAAAAAUGUUUUUUGCGGACACAGUAGACAGGGAUGACCAGAGACUGCGGACACAGUACAGGGAUGACCAGAGACUGCGGACACAGUACAGGGAUGACCAGAGACUGCGGACACAGUACAGGAGAUGACCAGAGACUGCGGACACAGUACAGGAGAUGACCAGAGACUGCAGACACAGUACAGGAGAUGACCAGAGACUGCGGACAGUACAGGGGAUGACCAGAGACUGCGGACAGUACAGGGAUGACCAGAGACUGCGGACACAGUACAGGGAUGACCAGAGACUGCGG